AUGUAUUUUUCUACAUUGGUCCAGGCUUUGCUUACUGCAUCGACCUACGCCGUCGACCCUGCUGCUGUCUACAAUGGAGGCUAUAACUCCGCUAAGUAUAUUGUCCUUCGCAUUGGAAAUGGUGGUGCCGGCCAGAGUGGGCUGAUUGAGGUCCUCGCGAACGCCUUCAUCCAAGCCAGCGUCAAAAACGGCUCUGUCCCAUUCCAGAUAGCCUGGUACAAAUCCGACACCACCCAGUCAAUAAACUACCUCAAAGACGGCACCGUCGACAUCGGAAUCACCUACACGCCCGCCGCCGAACAAAUUGCCAUCAAAAAUGGCAUCGCCAAGUCCCCAGCGUGGUACGCCUGGCGCGACCACUUCCUCCUAGUCGGUCCCUCCUCGAACCCAGCCAACCUGUCUAACGACCAGGACAUCCAAACCCAAUUCUCAAACAUAUACACGACCGCCGAAGCGGGGAACACCCAUCCCCCUGUACGCUUCCUAACCCGCUAUGACAAGUCUGCGACGAAUAUCAAGGAUUCCCAGCUGUGGAUUGAAAUAGGUCAAGUCCCCUGGGCUACUGCGUACUCGACCUGGUAUCACCAGUACAUCGCGUAUCCGAUUCAGGCGUUGACGGCUGCGAUACUGCUUGAUGAAUAUACUAUCACAGACCGGGGGACAUAUUUGUCUAUUUCGACGGAUUUGCAGAGUCAGACUACCAUUUACAAGGCUGGUACUGAUGAUUCAGCGGAUCCUUUGCUUAAUCCGGCUCAUAUUUUGAUUGGGAAGGGUGCGAGGAAUGAGAAGAUGGCGGAUAGGUUUGCGCAGUGGGCUAUUAGUGAUGAGGGGCAGAUGGUUAUUACUGGGUUUAAGAAGAAUGGGGAGCAGUUGUAUACUGCUGCGCCGGAAAAUAAGACUGCCCAGUUCUGA